AUGGAUGAUAGCACAGAGAACGACGGCCAGGAACAGCACAAUAUUUUUCACAGGAUCCUCGCACCGCUUACUCGUCUGUUCAGUUCAUCUGACCACAAAUCAAAUUCAGCUUCUCAGUCAAAGGCUGGCUCUUCCAUUCGAAGCGCGCCUCUAAACUCGCCUCUAAUACAGCAGAAGGAACAACGCAAUAAUCGUCCUGAUAGAAAGGACAAGAUGCAAACUGAAAUCUCCAUGAGGCAUGAGUUUCUGAAACAAUCCAUCGAAGAUGGCUCAUUCUGGGAGAUGCCCGACAUUGAGCUCCUCCAACUGAUCAAAUCCGCCUUCCCCCAAGAACUCGAACGGCUGAAGAAUGCCACAUUUCUCCGCAACCCAAAUGCACCUCGGCCAGCAGGUCUUUCGAUUUCAGAGUCACUAUACGGACGCGGACAAGAAUUUGCCGAGAUCAAUCGCACGCUUGUUGGUGUUUUGGCUCUGCGCUGGAUUCACAAAGGUGACUACGAGACUUUUGUAGGGACGCAGGGCCCGCCACCCAUUGUGUUGAAACGCGAUUCCUUCGACUGGCUCUGCGACCUCUUCAAAAAGGGCCUCAGAGAUGCAGAAGACACCUACGCACUUAUAAUUUCAAUGAUCAUCAACGACUUGGGCAAAGAUCCCACUCUUGCCACGGAUUAUGCCAGCCUGACAGGGGACGAUAUCCCCGAGGUCAACCAUGACAUGAUCCUAUAUGAUGCAGUCAAAGCGAGAAUGGUCCCUGUGCUAGAUCGCUUGUCAGAGCAAGAUAAGGAUUAUCUCGUCUUGGGGAUUAAACUGGGUUCAGACUUUAAUUUCGGGCAACUCGCUCAAGCGGAAAAUGCACCAGCUUCGCUCUCAGGACUCGAGGAAAUGCGGGGUCAUGAUCGAGCUUUUGAGAUGCGGUUCAUGGAACAGCUCCUGGACCUCGCAGGAGCGUCUGGACAUGAAGAUUGGACCUGUGCUAAGAAAAUGAUCGAGCCAAUUUUCCAGUCGUAUAAAAACGUAUAUGACGUUGCGCACGGCAUCAUUCAGGCGCAGAUGAGCCUGCGGGAAGGCUACGAUAUCAUUCUGAAGAGAAAGCUGAAAUUGCUCCACGAAGCUGGCUAUCCGCGACAGUUCGACAUCCAAGACCAAGCAGAUCGCGCCCUGAUGCGACUGUUCUGUCUCGGCAACACAUCGAACUCGGAGAACGCUGAUGUAUUCUACGUCGCUUUUAUGGAACGUCUUGCAGAGGAAGUGCGAGAGACGUUGGUACACGGCCUCAAUGUGGACGGGUCGGUGGAAGCGCCCGCUGUGCAACCGACAUACCUCCCAGCGAUGCUGACAAAGGCUUUGGGAAACACUUUGAACGGCACUCAGGAAGAGAAGAUCAAAGCGGUCACGGCAGUGCUGCGCUAUCUUACGCGAUGCAUGGUUGUAGAGGCCUCGAGACUGAAGAAACUGCCGCACAGAGUGACGGUGGUUGAGAGGGACGUCAGAAAGAUCAGCCCUGUGCUGGAGAGCGAAGAAUUCAAGCACAAUCCAGAUAUCCUGGACCGGGAAGAUAUCCCGGAGGACCAAAUCGCAAACAUGGCUCGAGACUCUGAAGAAAGGACGAUUCUUUCGGGCGGAUAA